AUGUGGAUGCUUCCACAAAACCAAAGUUGGGUUUCUGAAUUUAUCUUGCUCGGCUUCUCCAGUGACCCUACAUCCAACAAGAUCCUCUUCAUUGCCUUCCUUCUCCUCUACUUGAUCUCAGUCCUGGCCAAUGGACUCAUUGCCUCCCUGAUCUGCCUAGAUUCAAAUCUCCAUACCCCCAUGUACUUUUUCCUCUGCAUCCUGUCCUUGCUUGAUAUGGGCUAUGUCACCACCACCAUGCCCCAGAUGCUGGUGCAUCUUCUCACUCACUCUCAGACUAUCUCUUUUGCUGGCUGUUGGCUGCAGAUGUAUGUGUUUAGUGCCCUGGGCCUGAUAGAGUGUAUUUUCUUUGUAGUCAUGGCUUAUGAUCGCUAUGUAGCCAUUUGCUACCCGCUGCGUUAUACUGUCAUCCUCAAUUGGGGCUUGUGUAUGCAGUUGGCAGCUGGAACAUGGGCCUGUGGGUUUUUUUUCUCUCUGAUCCAUACUUUCUUCACCAUGAGUCUGCCAUACUGUGGGCCUAACACUAUCAACCAUUACUUCUGUGAAGGCCCCUCUGUGCGGAGCUUGGCUUGCAUGGAUACCCAGCUCAUUGAGAUGGUAGACCAGGUCCUCAGUGUGUUUGUGGUUGUUAUUCCACUCUCCCUCAUUCUGGCCUCCUACGUUCAUAUCGCCCUAGCCAUUCUUAAGAUCAAGUCUACCCGGAGCCGCUGCAAGGCUUUCUCUACCUGCUUCUCACACCUGACUGUGGUCACAUUCUUUUAUGCUCCGGCAGCUUAUCUCUAUAUGAGACCUAACUCCAGCUACAACCCUGAACAAGACAAGAAAGUCUCACUCUUUUACAAUGUCUUCACAGCCCUGCUCAAUCCUGUGGUUUACAGUCUGAGGAACAAGGACAUGAAGGGGGCUUUUCUCAAAAUAAUAGGACAUAGUAGGGCAAUCGUGUGA